UAGAUAAGAAAACAUCUACUACAGAUAAGAAACCUAGCAACAGUAAAAAACUAAAGACCAUCUAUGCUUCUCCUACAGCCCAACAAAUAUCCAUCAGUACAAACAAUAAUUCAAAAAGAAACAAACAGGUGGACAAGGACACUGCUUCAAAAAAUCUCAAACCAAACUAG